AUCAUCAUGCAGUUGAUCAAGAGUGCUUUCUGUCUGAUCGUCAUCGUAGCUGCCGUCGCCGCCUUCCCCGGCCACGCUGAGAGCUACGCCAACCACAACAGCCACCACCACGGCGGUGACUACCAUCACGAAGAGGAGCACCAUCAUGCCCCAGCGCCCUACAAGUUCGAGUACGGCGUGAAGGACUUCCACACGGGAGACAACAAGGAAGCCUGGGAGCACUCAGACGGGCACGUGGUGAAGGGCGCCUACUCCUUCCACGAGGCUGAUGGCACCAAGCGCAUUGUGGAGUACACCGCCGAUCCCCACAAUGGUUUCAACGCUGUGGUGAAGCGCGUCGGACACGCCGACCAUCCACAGGUGCACCACCAUCAUCAUCACCACGAGGAAGGAUACUAAGGCCAUAGCAAUCCAGCACAUCCACUCACUUAGUCAUUCCCGGAUUCGACCCACAGUCAUCAGAAACCGUACCUCAACACCCACACCCCUCUUCUAUUUCUUCUUCCCCUGUCCAGCCCAAUCAUGUGUAGACAAUUUAAUUGAUUCUUGCGCGUUCCGUGUAACCAAAGUCAAUAAA